AAAGCCGAUUUUUAAGGAUGUUUGGUGAAUGAUUCUGAAAGGAAUUUAUAGCUACAAAAUCUAUUUAUUUUGUUGAAAUUUACAGCCAUGUACUACCAAGGAAGCUCAGAAAUCCAAGCUGAUGGUCUACAGACACUUUUUCUGAUGAACCCUAAUUAUGUAGGGUAUUCUGACAAUACAACAGUACAGAAACCGGCCAACAUGCUCUUUUUUAACUCCGCCGCCAUGGAGGGACACGCGGUCACCACUGCACAGAUAUCUCACGCCCCGCUGCCUCAGUCUCACCACUUUGUUGGUGUCCCACUUUCUGCAGCCGUUGGAUCGCCCAAUACGUACUAUCACAACCAUUCCUCAGUUCUUGGCCAGCAAGAAAUUCAAGCCUCCCAUGGUACAAUCCCUCGUGUCCACUACAAUCUAUGGAAGUCGGUUGAUCAAGCCGGUGGUGUAAAUCAACAGAACUUAUCUUCUGGGGUGGCUGCAAUCAAUUCCGGUGACACUAAGGACGGUGGUUCCCUAAGGCCCGCGGUGUCACCGAAACCACAAGAGUUAUCUUUGACCCUUUCACCUGAACAGAUAGGCUAUAGGUCUCUUCCUACAAAUCAUGAUAUCAUUAUACCACCGAAACCUGGUUCAUCUUCAUCGCUCUCUGCUGGGUCUAAUGGAGUCAGUAAUCUGCAAAGUGUGAUUUUGGGAUCCAAAUAUCUUAAGGCUGCUCAACAGCUUCUCGAUGAGCUCGUAGUCGUCGGAAAAGGCACAAAAAUCUGUGGUGUGGGGGCCGGAGAGGCAGCAGAGAAACGGAAGAUAAUCAAAGAAUCGACAGGUGUCAAUGUUCAGGCCUUUGGCAUUAAGGGUUGUGAAACUGAACUUACAACUGCUCAAAGACAGGAGAUUCUGAUGAAGAAAGCUAAACUUAUUAACAUGUUAGAUGAGGUACUCGUGUCUUCUUUUUCCCUUCUCUUUUUCUUUAUUCCAUUCUGUUUUUUCUUUCUUGAAUUUGUGCUUAUUGCUUUU